GGGCGCUAGCGUUCACCCCUCCGCCCUGCGUCGGCGGCCCUGCGAUGCCGACCGUGCAGUUCCAGGUGAAGUGCAAGUCCACACAGCCUGGGGAGAGCGUCUUCAUCGUGGGGUCCGCGUCCGAGCUCGGCAGCUGGAAAGCCGAAGGUGGCCUGGCUUGCACCACCACCGCCGCCACCUUUCCUACCUGGGCCUCGAAGGACGUGGCCAUCGCAUCUGGCGAGUUCGAGUUCAAGGUGGUCAUCGCGAAGGCGAACGGCGAGGGGGCCAAGUGGGAGGCCGGGGACAACAAGAAGCUCAGCCUCGGCCCCGCGCCUAGCGCCACCGUCCGCUGCGAGUAUGGCAAGCCUGGCUGCGAGCACGGCCAGCAGGGCGCGGGCGCCGCUGCUGCGCCUCUCCAGCCGCGGCCCCGGCCGGCGCCCGACGCGAAGACGCCGCCACCGGCCGCAGGCCAGGCGCCUGCCCAGCAUCCCAGCCCCCGCCGAGAUCGACGGAGCCGCUCGGGACCGUGGAGGGGGCGGUCCUGAAGCUGCGCCUGGCGAAGGGGCAGGACCUGCCCGGCACCUGCGUGGCCGUCUGUGGCGACGCCGUGGGCCUGGGGUCCUGGAGCCCGCCGUCGGCGCGCGCGAUGCAGAGCGUCGACGGGCUCUGGAUCCUGCCGAGCCUGCCCGCGGGGGUGGGCCCGGGCACGCUCUUCAAGUACGUCGUGUUCAGCCCCGGGAAGGAGAGCCCCGCUGGGAGGGCAUCGAGAACAGGCGCUGGGGUGCGGCCGGCGCCCCGGUCGGCGUCCACAUGUUCGACCGCACGGGCGUGGAGCGCGCCAAGCGGCCGCCGGGUCAGGGCCGGGUGCUUGCGGCGGGCGGCUCGUCCAUCGACGAGUUCGUCGCCCACGUCGCGGAGGAGGACCGGUCGCGCUCCAGCUACCGGCUGAAGCUGGAGCUGCCCCGGCAGCUGCUGGAGGAGGACCGGCUGGGCUCGCUCGGCGAGCUGGCCUGCCUUCAGGCCUACCUGACCUUCAUCGCCAGUGGGCAGAUCGUCUGCAAGGAGGACGGAGGGCACCAUCGGCCGAACGCGGCAGCGAAGGCCGCUCAGGUGGUCACCGAGGCGCUGUGGGACGUGGCGAAGCAGGGGGACGCAGAGCUCUUCGUUGCACGGCGGAUAUUCCCGUCGCUCCCGUCCUUCAGCGACGAGUUCACCUGCGCGGUUCCCAUGACCCGGAUCCGGGACAUCGCGCAUCGCAACGACAUCCCGAAGGACAUUAAGCUCUACAUCAAGCACGAGAUUCAGAACAAGCUACACCGGUGCGCUGACCCUGGCGACCUCGUGAAACUUGACAGGCUGGUGGAGCGGAUCGACCGGGAGGGCGGCUACUCCGAGGGGUUCGUGCACGAGAUCCACAUUUUCCAGGUGGAGCUGCGGAGCUUCUUCAACGCGUCCGGCCUGGACGACUCCGCCAGGCAGCUGGCCGCUCAGGUGCCGAGCAUCCGUCCGGCGGUGGACAAUCUGCUCUUGCUGAAGGGCCAGCCUGCGCCCGCACCCGCGCAGCUUGAGGCGCUUGCCGCCUUGCGGCGCGUGGUGGCCCCCAGGACGGUAGAGGAAGAGCAGAACUGGCUGCGCCUCGACGUCGAGCUGGACAGGUACGCGUUCGUGCUCCUGAGCCAGGUCGCUGGCGGCCUCGACGGCGAUGCGAAGGCCUCGGUGGGCCGCGCGGCCGCGCGUCACCUGCUGCACCCUUUGACGGCGACGAGGAGAUUUCUGCUCGCGGGUUGGACUCCAUGGCACGUCGGGAAUACAGGAGACGAGGGCGCGCGCCUUUUCGCGGCAAUUGAUGGACUCGCAGAAACCACUAACUCGCUCACCACUGGGGUGCUUUAG